AUGAUCGGAGACAGAAAACUGGAGAAGCGGGGCCGGCUUGAAGUCUGGAAGCGCUACACCAGCGAUUUGCAAGACCGUGGACCUAGCAGCCUUUUCUUGACAAAGGGUGCGCGUCGGGAUCCUCCUGUCCAAUCAGUCCAAGCUAUGUGGUCACGACUCGAACAAAAGGGAAAGAGUUUCAGUGUGAACCCAUUGGUCGAUUUUUACAAUACUUUGUCCAUCAAGCACGUGAUCACAGGCGGUGGCUUCGACUUGGAGGCUAUGCCUGGUGACUUGCGCUUGGGUCUCUCAAAGCGUGGAGAUAGGUUUCUGGCACUUGACAAGGAUGAGAGCGGUCCUCCAGUGGAAGUUGAUGUUGGGGAGGUGAAUUAUGUGGUUGAAGGUGCAAGCACCGAGAUCACUGGCAAUGUUGUAACCAGGCAUUUGGCCUACAAGCAAUCAAGGCUGGGAUUGAUCCAAGAGCGCUCCAGAGACGUGUUCCUGAUGUUUGAGAUGCCGCCAGAUUUUGUGGACGAAGUGGUGCCAGAAUUGAUCAAAGAUUUGCGGCGGCUUCCUCACUUGUACAAAGAAGGCAAAGAUGCCAGCGUCUACAUCCGAGUCCUGAAUGCAUCGCGGCACAGCGUCCUGAUUGCUGGGGAAGAAUCAGCCGUUCAUGCUUGA